UCUCCAAUCUUCUAAGUAGUCCGUCAAAGUCCAGAAGCAUCCCAUCAACGGCAAGAGGGAAAAUCUGAAAAUACAAAUAUUCUUCCGGUGAACACCCACCCACCGUCUCUCCUUCAGUCCUCCUGCCGGCGAUAUCUAAUUCCUGAGAGGAAGGUAGGGUGAAAACCUCGUUAUUUGCAUAGAAAGAAAAUGGUAACGUCUUCGGUUGUCAACACAUACCCACUGUCCAGCUAUACAUUUGGUACUAAGGAGCCCAAAAUGGAGAAGGACACCUCCGUCGCCGAUCGCCUUGCUCGUAUGAAAGUCAACUAUACGAAGGAGGGCAUGAGGACUAGCGUCGAAGGAAUUCUAUUGGUACAAGAACACAAUCAUCCUCACAUUCUUCUAUUGCAAAUUGGGAACACAUUCUGCAAACUUCCAGGUGGACGCUUGAAACCAGGAGAGAAUGAAAUCGAGGGUUUGAAAAGGAAACUGUCUAGUAAACUUGCAGCUAAUUCUCCUGGCAUUCAGCCAAAUUGGCAGAUAGGUGAGUGUGUGGCCAUCUGGUGGAGGCCAAAUUUUGAAACCAUAAUGUAUCCAUAUUGCCCUCCACACAUAACAAAACCCAAGGAGUGUAAGAAGCUCUUCGUAGUUCAUCUAUCUGAAAGAGAGUACUUUGCUGUCCCAAAAAAUCUGAAGCUUCUUGCAGUGCCAUUGUUUGAACUUUAUGACAAUGUUCAGAGAUAUGGACCUGUGAUAUCCACGAUUCCUCAACAGCUUUCCAGAUUCCAGUUCAACAUGAUCCACUCGUAGAUUAGGUUAGGUGGACAUUCAGAACCUCCUUCUGGCAUACAAUCCCAAAAAUACAUUAAGCUUUUUACUUGAGGUCCUAUAUUUUCAGAAUGAUAACCUUAUUUUCUGACGUGAUUCUUUCUUUUCCAAUAGGCAUAUCUACCGACUUUCGUGGAUAUUUGUUUUCAACUUAGCUUAUUCAUGAUAGACAUAAAUUAUAGGUGUAUUGUUGUAAGCUUUGAUGGCCUGUCUGUUGUAAUGUACCAUAGUUAUACGUUGCCAUGUAUUUCUUUGUUUGUUUUUGAAUGUUGACAUGUUAGAUGGAAUACCGCUGCUAUGUUUGGACAGAACUGUACUUAGUGAUCUCCCAACGGAACCACUUCUUGAGUUUGAGUUUACACUCAGCAUGAGAUACAGGCCAUUUACAUCACUCCCUUGAAGACUCCUUUUUUAUUGGCUUCAACAGGAAAGAAUUUGGAUACAUAAAAUUGUCUUAGCAUCAAGUUUCAAUGAAACUAGACUUGUAUAAUUUCAUUUUUCCUUUCAUGUAAAAGGCUUUUAUCUUUCCGUUCGUUCCUAAGUUAAGUGAAUUGCAUGUACAGAUUUGUCGAGGAUUGUAAUUUAGUUAGUUGCUAUGUAAUUUUAUAACAGUGACGUUAAAGUUUGAGCCCAACUAAAUCUACCAUUUACUUUAAU